AUGUCCAUGCUCGGCAAUUAUGAAAGUGCUGAGGUAUAUUAUGAAGGAACCCUCCAGAUGAUAUCUAGACUGAUAAUGAUGAUUUCGGAACCAUUAAGGAAAAAUAAAUGGCAACAGGUCCAAAAAAAAGUAAGUACUGAGUAUGAUCAAGUCAAAGUUUUGAAAACUAUGUUGCAAACGCUGAGGAUGGAAACAAGCGUAGAAGUUCCCAUUGGUGUUAGAAGAAGAGAUGAACCUGUCAGAGAUUUCAACGAUUUAUCAACAAUUGAUCCAUUUGCUCAAACUGACCCAGAUGUUUGGCCGCCACCAACUCCUGUAGAUCACAGUAAUGGUCCAAAAUCAAGGAUCUCAAAUGUACGAAAAAUUGAUAUCAAGAAAGGGUCGUCAAGAGCAAGUUCUUCAAAUACAUCAAGAAAAUCGGAGGUUUCCAGAUAUUCAAGGUCAGUCAAAAAGGAGGAAAGGCCUUCUUCCUCACGUUCAGAAAAAAUUAUGGAUAAUAAACCUGAGAGAGAUAACAAAGAACAAGAAAGUACAGAUAAAAAUGAAAAAUCUGAACCUGAAGAAGAAAAGAAAUUUGAAUGUCAUGGAAUGGAAAGAGAAUUGGCAGAUACUUUGGAAAGAGAUAUUGUUCAGAAAAAUCCAAAUAUAAGGUGGGAUGAUAUAGCAGAUCUUCAGGAAGCCAAGAGGUUAUUAGAAGAAGCUGUUGUUUUACCCAUGUGGAUGCCAGAUUUUUUCAAAGGUAUAAGAAGGCCAUGGAAAGGGGUAUUAAUGGUUGGGCCUCCUGGUACAGGAAAAACCAUGUUAGCUAAAGCAGUUGCUACAGAAUGUGGAACUACUUUCUUCAAUGUGUCAUCUUCGACAUUAACUUCCAAGUAUCGUGGUGAAUCAGAGAAAAUGGUUCGGUUACUGUUUGAAAUGGCUCGCUUCUACGCUCCAAGCACUAUUUUCAUAGAUGAAAUCGACUCUUUGUGUUCAAGGAGAGGUUCUGAAUCUGAACACGAAGCUUCAAGGCGAGUAAAAUCGGAACUUCUCGUGCAAAUGGAUGGAAUCACUGCAAAUAAUGAUGAACCGGGCAAAGUUGUCAUGGUACUUGCCGCAACAAACUUUCCGUGGGAUAUAGAUGAAGCUUUGAGACGACGGUUAGAAAAACGUAUCUACAUCCCGCUGCCGACACUUGACGGCCGAGAAGCUUUACUAAAAAUUAACCUACGUGAGGUAAAGUUGGACCCUGAUAUAAAUCUUACAACGAUUGCAAAAAGGUUGGAUGGAUUCUCUGGAGCCGACAUCACAAAUGUAUGUCGUGAUGCUUCAAUGAUGUCAAUGCGGAGAAAAAUAUGUGGAUUGAGACCUGAUCAGAUUAAGCAGCUGCCUAAGGAAGAACUGGAUCUACCAGUUACCAUGAGAGAUUUUGAAGAAGCCCUUGUAAAAAAUAAUAAGAGUGUUAGUAUGGAAGAUCUGGAAAAAUAUGAAAGAUGGAUGAACGAGUUUGGGUCCUCAUGAUGGGGUUUUUAAUUCACAAAGGUUCUUAGUUGAGUAAAAAAUUAACCAAAGUACCUCGACAAUGAAAGGCAAAAGAUUGAUUACUAAAAAGUGAGAGACUAUGUUUUUGUAUUUGCUUGUUGAUCAAGGAUAUGGAAUAUUUAUGGUUAUAAAUGUGUCACAGUCAUUGUAUUUGAGUGGACUGUAGUGGUCUAUGUUCAGAAUGAGAGUUUUCAAAAGGUGGCUUUUGAAAAUUAUUCUAAAUCUCGAAUGAGUAAUGACUAUAAACAUAACUUGUUCAUUAUUCAAUUUUUUUUUAUCAUAUGAUAAAUAGAUACCUUUCAAAUAUUGUGUAUUUUCAUUAUAUUCCAUGGUUGUGAUUUGAAGUAAAACGAUAAUUCUGUAAUCUAUUGACUUCUAUAGAAGUAAUAGUUUUUGUUGCAAAUUCUUCAAAAAGUAGUGCUUUCAUAUCAAAAAGAUUUGAUGAAUAUUAUAGUGAAGCUUAGACUGGCCGUUCAGAAAUGUCUCUCAAGUAUUUUUAUAGGAGAUAUUCAGCAUAAGACUUGUUUACUUCAAGUAGGUUGAAUUUCAAAUAUAAUCAAUAAAGAUCAUAAUAACUAAUUACAAAGGGGGUGUGGGUAUAUAAUAUAAAUACAGUGAUGGUGCAUCUAACACAAAUUUUUGAGAAAUAAUGAACCUGAUUUUCUACAAUUUGAAAAUAUUAAAAAUUCUGUAGAAUUGUAAGGCAAGGGCUAUGGAAUCUGCUAUGAAAAGUUGCCGUUGAACCCAGAUUCCACAAAAAUUAAAACAAUAAGCUGUACCUUCAAAUCAGAAUGUAUUGUUUUUCAAUUUCAGAAUACCUUAUGGCUUUGUGUGUUAUUGAUAAAAAUGUUGUUAUUACUUUCAAAUUAAUUUCAUCUGAAUCCUCUGAUGGCUUUUUUGAUUUAAAAACCCCACAAAAUAAGUGGUUCUGCUGUGAAUUGUAUUCUACUGUGACAGGAAGAUUAUGUAGGUGUUUAGCAAGUAAAAAUGUUUUCAAAUAUGGCAUUGUCUCAGAUGUGUAUUUCAGAUUGUAUUUAUUUCACUUUGUUCAUUAUGCUUUUCAGUAAAAAUACAUUUUUGAAAAUGUUGUAAUAGUGGAAAUGUGCCUAUCAUGUAGAAGAAACAGCACAUGAUCAUGAACUAUUGACUCAUGAAAAUUGUUACACUUUUAUAUGCUUAUAGCAAUAACGAUGCAGUAAAGGAUGCAGUUGUAGUGACACACGAUUCCAAAAAUAAUUUAUUGCUAUUAUGGUCAUCUUGUCGAAAUUACAUGCUAUGACGAAAAAAAUAUAUAUUGAUAAUUUAUAUUUCCUAGUAACCUAACCAAAAAUGUUGAAAUAUGAAAUAAUUUGAAUUAGUUGUGUCAUAUUUAUAGUAUUUUCUAUACUUACAAAACAUAAUACUGUCAAAUUAAACUCUUUUUUAAAU